AUGGCGUACCAAAGAACUGAAUACGCAGAUAAGACAAUGUUCAUGAAUUCAAUGGCGGAUAGGAAACUUAAGAUACAGCUGGACUCAAUAAACUUUCACAGAGAUUCAAUUGGGAAGGAAAUAGAUCGCGAGAAAAAGAAGCUUCAAAAAGAACUGGCUGACGUUGAAAAUAGUAUGAAAACUCGGUUGUCUGCCCCAGAUUCAUUGGGUGAAGGUACAAGGAGACUAAGCCCUCGCUUGCCACGAAGAUAUAGCACGCCGCAAGUUUUAUUGUCUACUUCGACUUCUUCCCGCAAUUUAUCGGACAACGAUAAACUAUCCCCUGCCGCCAACAGGCGAAGAAUUUCUUCUGAAGGAAAUACGGAUGUAGGAUUACUAAGGGAGCGUGCAGCACUUAGUCCGACUCGUCCUUUAAGCCCAACUUCGCAGUUUUUACUGCCACCAUUGAGUCAACCUCGAAGACAGUCGUUACCACCUAUCAGUGCUGGCGGAUCGCUUGUUGCUGCUGAUCUAACAAGAGAGAGUUCUAGUGCUCGGAGAGGUAGCUGUAAUGAAAGUAAAUCGCCCCGUGGUUGUCUCACUCCAAAUUCAUCAAGCCCGCGAGGUUCACCAAGAAGGGGAAGCGCGGUCAUUAACGAAGGCGAGCUCGAGGAAGUGGCUUGUAAAGUCGAGCGUUUUUUGCAAAGAAUGGAUUUGGGUAAACAAGACGAAACGUCUACUAUCGAUGUGAAAGUGGAACCAGAUGAUUGUUUUGUCCCCGAAGAAGAAAAUGAAUUUAUUCACCCUUUGAGUGACCGCACGAUGAAAAGAGCAUCAACUUUUCAGCCGUCAAAUUUUGAAUAA